GCAUACGAGAGGAGGACAGCUGGCUUUUGCAGACGAGUACUGGGGAAGGGUGUUUUGUUGUUUAAAGCACUGCAAAAUAAAUAUAGGAUCCGCUUUAAACAUGAUUAGUUGUAGGAACGCCGUGAAUCAGUGUUGAUCCUAUUUGUAAUAGUUUGGUCUUAUGAAGCAUGUGGAGUUAGAUAGGUGCAUCGUGCCAAAGCGUCGCCGCGAAGCUCCCGGAAGUGAACAUGCUUGCUCAAAAACUUGCUUGUUCUACAUAAAAGAAAGCACAGAAAGCUAGAGUGCUGAGGACCGAAAAUCACAAAACGAUAUAAUGGACAAAAUCAAGUACACGCGUUCUCAACUUGAAGUAUUAGAGCUGAACUUCAGUAAUGACGCGUACCUCAACGUAGAAACUGCGAACGAUUUAGCAGCGCAGCUUAACGUGUCCGUUAAACAAAUCAGGGUAUGGUACCAGAACCGCAGAGCAAAGCUGCGCCGAGAUGGAUACAGACAAGACCAUUUCCUCAGUGUAAACAACACUUCAACGAGGUCAUCGUGGGAUUGUUUAACAGGUGGGAGAUUAUCAUCGCGGUCGAACUCAAGAUCUCCGACGAUGCAUCGAGCGCGCUCAGCUCCCUCUAGUCCAGUUCGUCCAUACGACCGUUAUCAUCAUCAACAGCAUCCGCCAUCUCCCAUAAGCCGAGAAGCUACUAGUGAAAGCGCGUCGAACAGCUAUGCGAACUCAACGUACGACAGUUCCCCGCAGUACUCGCAGCAAGCGUCCGCCGCCACGUACGACACAAGCAAUUCAUGGAAUACGUGCGAUUUUUCAACCACUUACUCAGUCACCCCACACUCCCCUAGUAACAGCAGUAAUAAUACCGCGUCAAACCUAACCCCGAGGCCACCAGCGAGUCCAUAUCCAGAUACAGCAUUUUGUCAACAGUUUAACUCCGUGCCGGCCAUAGUGAUCAAUGAUAACCAACACGAUGAAGAUGAUCUAAGCGUGUACUUAGAGGAAAACGCCCGCGACGCCACGGACGCUUACCCUUAUUACGGCCAUCGGGAAUGUACGGGUCGCAGCAAAAGUGCCGAGCCACUGGGGACUGCAAACGAAACCCAGAUUAAUCUCUAUUAUCAACCUAGAGAUUUCAGCGGGCUUAGCACUAGCCAUAGCUACGGCAGUUAUUGGCAGAACCAUGAUACGUACAUCAGUGACACGUGCAAUGCGCCUGCUCGCUAUAGUACGAUGGCGACUAGUCCCACGGUACCAUUAAAUCAUGCGUUCCACUCGUUACAGAUGCGCGAAGCUCAGGAAUCUACUGCAUCUGGUCAAAUACAGGGUCAGAUUCAGGAACCAGCUGCAGCACAUCAGACCACGCUUCGAGACCCCUCAACGUGUGCACAACAGUAUCUUGCCGAAGAAAGCGUGAGCGGCGAAGAAGCGUUUAUUAGGUCGCUAAACGAAUUUUUUAACACUUAGAAAUGAAAUACAAUUGAGAUGACUGCUCGUUAUUGCUUCUUGCUAUAACCAUAUCCAGAAUAAUCGGUAAAUACGUUCGGAAAGCCUAAACGUGAACACAUUAUCUAUUAGAAUGAUUGCAAAUACCGCGGCAUACCAUAACUCACUAAUCAAUUGUUACUCAUACCAUUAUUGCUAAACAAUCAUUGAUAUUAUUACUAAACUGCGUUCAUUGUCAUAGCUACGAUCGUCAUUGUUAUUAUAACCGUCAAAUGUAGCUUUGUUCCCGUUGCCGUAUGCGCCAGUAGGCAAUAAGACUGCCAAUUUUGUAUAUUCAGAUUGGCCAAAAACGUUACUUGUCAACAAAAAAUGAUCUUUAAUUGUGUCAGGUUGACCGAUACCAAUAGAGAUCUAAAUUUACCCAAAAGUACCGCAGACGGUCUGUUAUUGUUCAAUUGAGCUUAUUUCAGGAAUAAAUUGAGUAACUCGUAUCGAGUCAUUACACCAACGUGUACAAGUGGCCUUUAAUUAUGCCGUUUAGAUAUUACAUAUGGUGACCUGCUGGUGGUCUCCAUUGACGAGAGGGUGUUGCUUACUAUAACUGGA